GCGAGAGCCCGGCGGGGAUAUAAGGGGGGGGCUGCGGGCGAGGCGGCGGCCCCUUCGCGUCGCGCAGGGUGGGGGACUGCGCGGCGGUGCCAGGCCGGGCGUGGGCGAGAGCGCGAGCGGGCUGCCUGCGGGCUGAGUGCGUCGAGCUGUCACCAUGAGUGAUCACGCUUGGAGCUUCCUAAAGGACUUCCUGGCCGGUGGCGUCGCCGCUGCAGUCUCCAAGACCGCGGUCGCCCCCAUCGAGAGGGUCAAACUGCUGCUGCAGGUCCAGCAUGCCAGCAAACAGAUCAGUGCUGAGAAGCAGUACAAAGGGAUCAUUGAUUGUGUGGUGAGAAUCCCCAAGGAGCAGGGCUUUCUCUCCUUCUGGAGGGGUAACCUGGCCAACGUGAUCCGUUACUUCCCCACCCAAGCUCUCAACUUCGCCUUCAAGGACAAGUACAAGCAGCUCUUCUUAGGGGGUGUGGAUCGGCAUAAGCAGUUCUGGCGCUACUUUGCUGGUAACCUGGCAUCUGGUGGGGCCGCUGGGGCCACCUCCCUUUGCUUUGUCUACCCGCUGGACUUCGCUAGGACCAGGUUGGCUGCCGACGUGGGCAAGGGUGCUGCCCAGCGUGAGUUCCAUGGUCUGGGCGACUGUAUCAUCAAGAUCUUCAAGUCUGAUGGCCUGAGGGGUCUCUACCAAGGUUUCAACGUCUCUGUCCAAGGCAUCAUUAUCUAUAGAGCUGCCUACUUCGGAGUCUAUGAUACUGCCAAGGGGAUGCUGCCUGACCCCAAGAACGUGCACAUUUUUGUGAGCUGGAUGAUUGCCCAGAGCGUGACGGCAGUCGCAGGGCUGGUGUCCUACCCCUUUGACACUGUUCGUCGUAGGAUGAUGAUGCAGUCCGGCCGGAAAGGGGCUGAUAUUAUGUACACGGGGACAGUUGACUGCUGGAGGAAGAUUGCAAAAGAUGAAGGAGCCAAGGCCUUCUUCAAAGGUGCCUGGUCCAAUGUAUUGAGAGGCAUGGGUGGUGCUUUUGUAUUGGUGUUGUAUGAUGAGAUCAAAAAGUAUGUCUAAUGUAAUUAAAACACAAGUUCGCUGAUUUAUAGUGACCUUGACCCACAAGUUCACAGAUCCAUUGUGUGGUUUAAUAGACUAUUCCUAGGGGAAGUAAAAAGAUCUGGGAUAAAACCAGACUGAAAGGAAUACCUCAGAAAAGAUGCUUCAUUGAGUGUUCAUUAAACCACAGAUGUAUUUUGUAUUUAUUUUACAUUUAAAUUCCCACAGCAAAUAGAAAAUAAUUUAUCAUACUUGUACAAUUAACUGAAGAAGUGAUAAGAAAUAACUGAAUGUGAAACAUCAAUAAAGACCACUUAAUGCACGCUUUCUAUUUUAUUGAACUCUUAUUAACUGUAAAAUGCAUUUUUAAAAGAUCAAAAAUGUAUAUUUUCUAGCAUGAUUCAUUUAUCAGUCAGUGGCCAACCUUCUACAUGCCAGAUAUUAUAUUGAGUAUGUAUUAUAUGAGAACAUACAAUGCUUAAAGUUCCAGUUUUCAAACUCAGGCAGGUCAUAUUCUAUCUUACCCAAUGUUGCUGUAGGCUAGAAAGUGACAGUGGCUUUUGUAAUCCUGCCUUGUCUUAGGCACUUUCCUGCAGUCUUUAGAAAUUCUGAGAGCCUGCUAAAAGCUGUAAAUCACAAUCUGGAGAAUUUUCCAUGAUUAGGAAAUGCUCUGUUUUCAUCCCUUUAGAUAACUGUGACACCUAGAAUUUUAUGAUAAGUGGAGAGUUCACAACGAUAAGUGUUCAUUGAAAAUUAAGGCCAGGUGCGGUGGCUCACACCUGUCAUCUCAGCACUUUGGGAGGCAGAGGCAGGCUUAUCACUUCAGACCAGGAGUUCAAGACCAGUCUGGCCAACGCAGCGAAACCCCAUCUCUAAUAAAAAUACAAAAAAUUAGCUGGAUGUGGUGGCGCACACUUGUAAUCCCAACUACUCAGGAGGCUGAGGCACCAGAAUCACUUGAACCUGAGAGACAGAGGUUGCAGUGAGCUGAGAUGGCCACCACAUCCAUCCUAAGCAACAGGGCAAGACCCUGUGUCAAAAAAAAAAAAAAAAAAAAAAAAUCGAUUGUGUUAGUUCAGGCCACUAUAACAAAGUACUGUAGACUGAUGGCCUAUAAGCAACAGAAACUUAUUUCUCAGUUCUGUAGACUGGAGGUCCAAGAUCAAGGUGCCUCUUUGGUCAGGUUCUAAUGAGGGCCCUCUUCUGGGUUGUAGAUGACUGACUUCUUGUAUCCUUACAUGGCAGAAAGAGUGACAGAGCUCUCUGUAGUCCUUUUAUAAUCUCACUGAUCCCAUUCAUGAGGGCUCUACCCGCAUGACCCAGUUCCCUCCCAAAUGCCCCUCCUCCAAACACCACCACUUUGGGGGUUAAGAUUUCAACAGAUGAAUUUUGAAGGGACACAUUCAGUCCAUAGCAGCAGUUAUCAAGCUAGUAUUUAAUACCUCUUAGGCCCCGUGGAAGGGAAAAAAGAUAGGACCCUGCCCGGCAAGAUGCUUAAGUUGGGGAGAAAACGUGAGAAGCCAUUGUUAGAUAAUCUGUUUAAGACAGUACAUCUUGCUUGAGAAGGAAUAGAAGGGAAAUGAAAUCGGGGGAGGGAGUGGUGGGAGAUGGAGACUUUGAAAGAAAAUAACUAGAUUUAGAAGCAUGGGUGUGGAAAGCAUCCUCCAGUACUUCUGUAAGAAUUUAUCAAGACCUACAGGAAGUCAGUUUUGGAUUUGCCCCUCCGAGAUUUGUGAGCCAGGGGAAAAUACUUAGAAUUUCAGGUUGGAAAGUUCACACUUUGGGACCAGGAAAAGACCAGUUGCUCUAGUCUCCUGGAUUGUGACUAAUCGGAAGACCUGUUGGGAUUACAGGUGUGCACCACUGCACAGCUAAUUUUUUGUAUUUUUAUUAGAGAUGGGGUUUCGCUGUGUUGGCCAGGCUGGUCUUGAACUCCUGGUCUGAACUCACUCAUUGUGACAAGUCCCUGUAUCCUUGGCAAAGCUUGAAAGGCAGGCAAAUGUCUUCUCGGUGUUUUCUAACAGGUGGUUGGGUGGUGGGGGUUGGUCUCUGUACCUCCUGUUCUUUACCUUGCUUACCAAGCCCUUCCACCGACUCACUCCUGCCUCCCCAGCUAAAAACUGGCUGUGUUGCUUUUACCACAGUUACCAAGGUCUGAGUUUUAUAAAAUCCAGGAUCACAUCUGACCUCACCUAGUAGAUAUCUAGGCCAAUAGAGUCUAAAGGGCUAAAAAGAAGGUACCUCUCCAUCCUGUCUCCUCGAGGUGAGGUAGCACAUGUGCAGUUAGAGGCCUCCUGUUGCUUUUCAUUCUAAGGAUAAUAUGAGGAUCCAAAUCCUAUCGCUGAUAGGGAAUAAAAGCAGGGCAGGCUAGUAGGCAAGUACUUUCAUGGAGCGUAUCUCAAAGCAGGGCCCAAGUUUAGGAGGAGGAAGACCUGACACAAUGAAUGAACAGUGCGUGCUCCCAACCCAACCAAGAAGCGUAAUUGUGUUCUGGUCUUUAAUCUUGGCAUUGAAUGGGGAGGGAAGAGGCAUGGACAUUUAUUAAAUAGUGCACAUUGUCUACAUUCUGCAUGUGACCCAGAUGUCGGCCCUCCCACUUCCUGCUGAGGUUACCUCUAAUGAACGUUACCCCAGGCCCUGCUGAGCCAGUUCCUUACCGAGGCUACUUAACUCACCAAGAAUUCCUAGAACCCUCAGCCUCUGACAGAGUGCUGGGAUCUGGUGGGAGAACAGGCAGUAAGUACUUCCCUCACUAACCUACCCUCAUGCCAUACCAUCACUGUGCAAAGCUGCGUCAUGCUGGAAGGUCUGGUUUACGUAAAAGUGACAACUUCGAAUUGAGCGUCCGACUCUUGGGUACCCGCCCCAGGAAUUUCUCAUCAGCCCUGUUUCCCACACAGCUCUCUACUAGGCGCGGCCCUCCCUCACCGCGACCACCCCCCGACCCAAUCAUCUUUAGGUAUUUUCUCCCCUAAACCCUCACCUAUUGGCGUCUUACAUAUGUAUGAGAAUAAUUAUGGAGGAUGAUACAACAUGAGUGAGUCCAUAAUGGUAACAAUUGGACACUAAAAACAAUAAAAACUUGUCUCAAGUAUUUGUGUUGAAAUCUCAAUUAACUGGGCGACUGCUUCUGUUCCAUUUUAUUCUGUAAAAUAUGUGGUAUCCCUUGUGUUGAGGUGGCAUUUACUAAACACCCACAAGGUGCAAGGCUCCAAGAGAAUGCAAGCGCUGCAAGGAGGGCUUAUCUUCUACACCUGCUACAGUGCCCAGGACGGAGAAGGUGUUUAGCAAAUUUCCGUUGAACGUAAGAAGGAGCGAGAAGGGAAGGUGCAUCUAAAAAGCACAGGGAACCUACAAAAUACUUGGGAGAGGGUUUCAUCAGUUCGGGUGAAAUCUUGAACAUGCAAAGCACCGUGGGGGUGGCCAGACAGGCUUUAUUGGAGUUGUAUAAUGCAAUGAAUAAAAACUUACGGCUGCCUUAAAUACAAAUUUCAAGCCCUUAAAUAAAAUUUAACAAAGUC